AUGACUGACUUCCAGCCUACAUAUUUCGGAAAAUUCGUCAACACUACUGAAGAUCCUGAGCUCUUUGCUACCUACAAGCCUAAGAUCGAGGCGUACAAGGCAAGACUGGCUGCCGGUGUGUUGCCUGAAUACGCGCUGCCAACCGAUCUCCUGCCGCAAAAGCUUGGCGUAGAUGCAACAUUGAUCGCUACCAAGCAUCUGUCUGAUUCUGAACUCAAGAUCGUCGACACCCCGGCCUACAUUCUUGUGGAUGAAAUUGCAUCUGGAAAACUGACCUCCGUGGAAGUUUUCAAGGCGUACGCAAAAACCGCUACGGCUGCUCAUCAGCUGACUAAUUGCGCAAUGGAGCUUUUUGUGGACGAAGGACUCAAGCGGGCUGAAGAAUUGGAUGCAUAUUACAAGAAAACAGGUAAGACAGUCGGCCCGUUGCACGGUGUUCCAAUCUCUCUCAAGGAGCACUACAACUACAAAGGUAGAAUCACUCACGGUGCCACUGUCGGGAUGAUCGACAAUGUGACGGAGGGAUUCUGCUCUUUGCUGGAAUUGCUGUACAAUGCCGGUGCCGUUUUCUAUGUGCGUACCACGGAACCACAGAGCUUGAUGCAUCUGUGCUCCAACAACAACAUCACCGGGCUGUGCAAAAAUCCAGCCAACACUGCCUUGACCACUGGUGGAUCGAGUUCUGGUGAAGGCGCUAUUGUCACUUUGAAGGGGUCUGCGAUGGGUGUUGGAUCGGAUAUUGGUGGUUCCAUUCGUGCUCCUGCUGCCUUCUGUGGAUGUUGGGGCUUGAGACCUACACAGAAGAGAGUCACCGAGCUGGACCUCACUACCAACACUUUGGGUGCUCCUGAGGCCGUUGUUGCAGUUUUGGGACCUUUGGCACGGUGUGCACAGGACCUUGACUUGUUUAUGAAGGUCCAAGCCGAUUCCAAGCCUUGGGAAAACGACCCAACCAUCAUUCCUUUGCCUUGGAGAACGGUUGCCGCUCCUGCUACCAAAGAUCUGAAGGUUGCAAUCAUGUACGACGACGGUGUGGUGAAACCUACUCCGCCAAUUCUCAGAGGACUCAAAGUUGCGGCCGAGAAGCUCAAGGCCGCUGGUGCCACCGUUGUUGAAUGGGAGUCCUUUGGUGUUGAGGAAUUGGUAGCUACUGUCAACUGCAUGUACAACUCCAACGGAAACACCGCGCAGAAAAAGAGUUUCGCAAAGUCUGGUGAGCCAUUGCAGGAGCUGACAAAGAUCGCCCUGUCCUUUGGUAAGGGAGACGAGAUGCUAACCGCUUUGGAAGAACACAUGUUGGUCUACACCAGAGAAACUUAUCGGGUGAAGUACCACAAUAAAAUGAAGGAGCUAGGAAUUGACUUCAUUCUUUCGCCAACCUAUGCGUCUGUUGCCGCCAAACCAGAGACCAUUCAUUACUGGGGCUACACCAGUUUGUGGAACAUUUUGGACUUUCCAAAUGUAAUCUUCCCGACCGGAUUGAGAUGUGAUCCUUCAUUGGAUGCUCCUGAUAAGAGCUACCAACCAAGAAGCGAGCUAGAAAAGUACGAAUAUGAGCUGUACGACGACGCGGAAAACUUUAAAGGUGCUCCAAUCUCGCUCCAGUUGACCGGAAAGAGAUGGUUUGACGAGGAAGUCGUCAAGGCGUCCGAAAUUAUACAUAAAAUUAUUUCACAAUAG